AUGGACACUGCAUUAUUGUCAGUUAUAAAUGAUAAAACCAAAAAUAUUACAUUAUCAAUAUACCAACAAAGUUCUGAGUGUUAUUUGUGCAAUUUAACCUAUAUUAGUAAAGUAAGUUCUAAAGAUAACUGUUCUUGGUUGGUUGAUACAAGAUGGAAAACUAGACUUGAAAUACGUGCUGAUAGUGGUAAACUUACUAAAUCAUGUUUAGAAUCAGAACUGACAUCAGAGUUUUUGGAGGAUGGAAUCUAUAAUAUAUUUAUUACUAUUAAUGCUGAUAAUCAUGUAACAUGUACACUACCACAGUUAAUGAAUGACCCACCUGAUGCUAAUAUUCCUAUAUAUGUUGCUAUUGGUAUUGGUGUUGGACUGGCAUUACUUUGGAUAUUUUUUAAAGAUUUAUACAGACGAGGUACAUUACACCGGUUGUUUUGUUGUUGUUGUUAUUACACUGAUGGUAUGAUGGUGGAUGGGGUGCACAUUAUUUAA